ACUUGGGUCUCCACCAAGACUGACAGGGAGUAGAGAUCCAGAGAACUACCAUAGACACUAUACACUAGGUCACGUUAACCCUGUAAAGUACCAAUUUUGACCAUCUUCACAUCUUGUUUGCUUGCGAGGUGCUCACAAGAACGCGAUAUGGUCUUCGUCUUUUCCUCGACCUCUGUGACAAUCAAGUCAUUCGGUCGAUCCACGAAUCGGGAGAUAAGGGAUCAAUUUGUUUCGCACUUGUAAAGCCCAGCAAUCACCAGGAUCAGCACGUCGAGCUAAGCCCACUACUUCUGCCGCCGUGAUGGCGUGAAACGAACGAGUAACGGUCUAACUCUACGACUCCGCGACAUCUCCAAGGUACACAAUGGCACUUACUUUCUUAAGAAGAGGCGUUGCAGUAACAUCGGGGGUCAACUCUCGCUUUCUUCCAAGGUUGGUCAGUAUUUGGUCGAGUGCCUCUGAAGUUCCUGAUAAGGGAAUCGAAAAAGGUUGGUCCGAGUUGGUGGAUAAUGGGCCGAAAACAACUGCUCUCUGUUCAAACAGAAUUCAGCUUUCUCCAUUGUUUGCUGAUAGCAGCCCUUCAUUAGAUGGUUGUGCUAUUGAACUUGUGGAUGACGACCAGUGGCGGGUCUCAGCUGGGUUGGCACAGGCAUGGCAGGGAUCAAGGAGGUCCUUGGGAACAGAAAAUUUCGCCGAUACGACAUAUGAAUGUGAGGAUCAUUCUUCAUCUGUCGAAGAAGAGUCCGACUCCAAUGAGAUUGAUAACAUGAGGAUUAGAGGCAAUCUCUUUUACAAAAUUGACAAGGCAUCGAAGGAGUUCGAAGAAUACAAUUUGGAAUUUCAUAGGAAGAAAUCCCCGAAGCGGCGAGAAGAUCCAAAGGAAAGCAAAAAGAAGGUCGACCGAGGUGUAGUCACCCGAGAUGAAAAACUUCCCAAAGCUGCAAAGAAGAAGAAUGUGCCUUCUCUGCUGGAUGAAGCCGAAGUUGACUGCGCUACCAAUGGAAAGAGGCUGAGGACUCCAACAUUCAAUCAACUCACGGGUCCAUACCAUGAACCAUUUUGCCUGGAUAUCUACAUAUCGAAGGCCUCUGUCCGUGCUUGUAUCAUUCACAGGGCGACAAGCAAAGUCGUUGCUGUGGCACAUUCUAUCUCAAAAGACAUGAAGUUCGAUUUGACUUCGACUAGAAACGCAGCGGCUUGUGCUGCUGUUGGCGAAAUUCUGGCUCAGCGAGCAUUGGCUGAUGACAUCCAUGACAUCAUUUAUAUGCCGAGGAAAGGGGAGAAAAUGGAGGGAAAGCUUAUGAUUGUGCUUCAGGCUGUUAUUGACAAUGGGGUUAAAGUAAAGGUGAAACUUAAGCAACGAAAACUGAAGAAAGCCAACCAUCAAGCUACAAUUUAGAAGCAGAGUUAUCAGCACUAUAAUCUCGUGUGUUAGAAUGGAAUUCUGCUGGGCUGAUUGGGACUGUUUGUGGGAAGAUGCAACUUCUGCUUAUAUGAUCUAGAAUAUGUUGCGUGACAUUGUAAGUUAUCGCUGUUCUCCUGGAUAUGAGUGUUUGCAGAGAGAGCGAAAGUAGUAUCUGCCCAUUUUUUCCGAGAAGACGGACUACUGAUCAAGGAUAUCCUUUGAAAGCUGUAACAAACCCAAGUUGCACAAACCUCUUGUACAAGUACAAGAUUUAUUGUCCUUCUGUUGACAGACAAGGAUUUCUUUUUUAUUGGUUUCUUUUAUCAAUGAAGGUUUUUGUUCAUA